GCGAGUGACAGUGACAAAUACGCCGACCUUUUGGUGUUCGGCUACGCCUGUAAACUGUUCCGAGACGACGAAAGGGCUCUUUACCACGAACGUGGAAAGCAUCUUAUCCCAUGGAUGGGGGACAAGAGCAUCAUGAUUGAUAGGUCGGUUGAACACUUUAACCGAAACACUAUGCUAACCUUCUCUUUUGUCUGUUAGCCUGUUUCAAAGUUGAGGGAACUGAUUGGAGUUCGUUUUUCAGAAGUCCGAGGGAUGCUUGAAACUGUCGAGAAUGUUUACUCCAUGUGUAGUCAUCUUUUUUUUUUUUUUGUUGUUUUUUGGACGUUCUACAGCUCGUUACAAAUAAGUAAAACGACAUUUCCAGAGUAACGAAAGUCCCACACAUAAUUUGCUGCCCCCCCCCCAUGAUGCUAGACAAUAAAUAUUUCAUUGUUUUCAAAUGUUAGUACCUACUACAUGUUAUUUUCUUUCUGUCACUCAAACGAAGACACUUUUGAUGACCAAUUCCUAAUGUUUGACUGUUAUUUGGGCCUCACAUUUGCCAUGUUGGAAUUCCUCUGGAAAUGUUUACUUCUGGCAUAUUUUUCAGCUGAGUAUGUUGGAGUAAAAACUGUAAAUGUUUCUUUUUGUUUGCCUUUUUACCGAAUUAAAUUCUCCCUAAAAUACCUGUCACUGAGCACGUCGUGCAUACAAGGCUUGCACAACACAAACUAACAUUUCUUUUGAACCACCUUGACCUCCAGUGGCUCAUGUUGUUUCAUCUGUACAGCCUUUGAAUGUGUGUCUUUAUCACAUAACCCAGUUCUUUCCCCAGCAAGGUAGGCUAAAAGGGUCCUGGCAACCCCUGAAUGCCAGCUUCAGCACCCCAUUUCUUUGUCUUCCUGAAGAGACUGCAACUGAGAGAUGGAGUAGAGGGAUGAAUCCAGGAAAAUGUCCUCCGUUUGCGUUCUUAUGGAUAGAUAUGACGGGCGUGGUCACUUACACGACCUUUCAGAGUAUGACAGUGGGUCGUGGAACACAUCCUACCAGCUGUCUGAGGAAGAGGCCAGAAUCGAGGCACUCUGCGACGAAGAAAGAUAUCUGGCCUUUCACACAGACCUUCUACAAGAAGAGGCGAGACAGGAGGAGGAGUACAAACGUCUGAGUGAGGCACUCGCAGAUGAAGGCACCUACAAUGCGGUGGCCUUUAAGUACACCGCGGACUACUAUGACCCCUCCCAACCCACAGAGGAAGAGGAUGCUAACAAGCGCGCGGAACAGCAAGAGCCUGAAGAGAGUGAAGAACCAUUUGUUGCCCCACCAGGACUUGAGAUCCCCCCAGAUGUAGAGCUGCCGGCAACCAUCAAGACUCAUAACAUAAUAGAGAGGACAGCCACCUUUGUAUCUCAGCAGGGCGCUCAGUUUGAGAUUGUGCUGAAAGCAAAGCAGGCUGGUAACUCCCAGUUUGACUUUCUCCGUUUUGACCAUUACUUGAACCCUUACUACAAACACAUCCUGAGGGCUAUGAAAGAAGGUCGGUACAAUGUGGCCUCCGCCAGCAAACAGGAGCAGCCAGAAGAAUCCAAUUCUGAUGAUUCAGAUGAUGAUGGGGAUGGCAACUACCUCCAUCCCAGUUUGUUUGCACCUAAAAGAUCCUCUCGCCUGGAGGAACUGAUGAAGCCACUUCAAGUCAUGGACCCAGACCAUCCCCUUGCAGCAUUGGUACGGAAAGCCAAGGAGGAAAGAAAUGGUUUGGCUCCAGUAGAAACUGGUGCUGAAGAAGUGACAAAUCCUGCAGUUUCCACUACAAUGACACAGUACACAGCUGACCAAAAUGCAUCUGCCAUGUACUAUGGCUAUUACAUGCUUCCGGAUGGAACGUACUGUGUAGCCCCACCACCACCGGGUGUGGAUGCCAGCUCCUACUACAGCAAUGUAACCCCAUCUGUGAUGACUCCCACAACUGCUUCUGGAGCAUUUCUACAUUCAGCAACAUCCGCAGUGUCUGAAAACAUUGUUAUGGCAUCACCGGGUGCUGACCCUUCUCAGGUCACCGCCUCUGUUGCUCCUGUCACCAUUGCAGGAAUCAGCAAUUUCAAAGCUGAAGUGCCAGUCGGAACGGCAGCAGCAGCAACAGCUAUAAUCCCCCCACCAGUGGACAUCCAGGCAGUCAUAGACAAGCUGGCUGAGUACGUCGUCAGGAACGGGCUCAAAUUCGAAGCCAGUGUCCGUGCCAAGAAUGAUCCACGGUUUGACUUUCUACAGCCUUGGCAUCAGUACAACACUUACUAUGUCUAUAAGAAAAAUUACUUCAUCCAGAAAGAAGGAAAAGGCUUGCCACAGAUGGGUGAAGGUGGAAAAGUCCAUUUGGAUGACUCAGGCAGUGACUCUAAAUCAAAUAAAGCUUCUUUUGCACCAAUUUGUUUUGCCAUCAAGCCAAAGGAAAAUGAAAUGCUGCCACUGGAGAAAAACAGAGUUAGGUUGGAUGAUGACUCGGACGAGGACAAGUUGCUUGAAGGUGAGAGGCUGCAAGCAAUGGUACCUGAUGGUCCUGAACUGGUUGAAAAUGAGCCUCUGCCAGUGAGUGCACCAGAGGAAAAGAGACCGUGUCUCAGUUUGCAAGAACUGGAGGCAAAACAAGCCAAACAGAAACUUGAGGAUCGUCUCGCAGCUGCAGCGAGAGAGAAGCUGGCGCAGGCAUCCAAAGAGUCCAAAGAAAAACAGCUCCAGGCGGAGAGGAAGAGGAAGGCAGCACUAUUCCUCCAAACUCUCCGCAACCCAUUAACAGGGGAGCCAGAGGCCAAGAAAGCUGAACUAGACUUAUCCACACAGCUUGAGAUGCAAGAGGCGCUCUCUGUUCUGUCUGAUCUACCGCUGUCGCAAACGUCCUCUGCAACACCUGCGUAUCUUCAGAAUGAAAGGUCUCACACGGCGAGCCGAGGAAGCCGUCGCAGCAGGGAGGCGCCGUCCUCAUCGCACUACUCUACAUCUCGAGGCACAGACAGAAACUCAAAAAAAGCCAGAUACAGAGACAGUGAUCGGGAGAGACGGCGAGAUCGAGAAGACAGAAAUAGAGACAAGGAAAGAGAAAAAGACAAAAAGAAGAAAAAACACAAGAGGAGGUCACGGUCAAGGUCCACAUCGAAGCAAAGGAGCAAACACUCCCUUUCCAGUUCUUAUAGGAGGUCGCACAGGUCACGAUCCCGCUCACGCUCUCCAAGUAGAAGGGGCCGCCAGGGCCCGUCAUCAGCACGAAGGCAUGAUGUCAAGGAUCGUGAGUACCAUCAUCAGAGCAGUAGCUCUAGCCUGCCCAGGGAACUUUCUACAUCCAGGUCCCCGCUUGUAAAAAAGAAGAGCUCCAUGUCCUUAGGAACCAAGAAAGUGGCAGGUUCCUCGGUUUCCCCUUACCAAUCACCCAACAGAGCUUUGUCCCGAUCUUCAAGCCCCACCUCCAGCUUGGCCCAGUCCAGGGGACCUUCUCAGGAGAAAGAAGAGCCUGUCUCCUCUUCCAUAGUGUCUGCUGUUCAGUCCAAAAUUACUCAGGAUCUGAUGGCUAAAGUACGUGCCAUGCUCGCCUCAUCAAAGGCUUUCCAGCCUCCCACUUCCUGAUGUCAUCUUGACCUUCUGCUAGCCAAUAUUUGAUCAUUGAUUCAUCUUGAUUUGAGUCAGCAGAUGAACUUAAAUCACCCACAAAACUCGAAAUAUCUGGUUUGACUGCCUACCCCCUUAGCAAGUGAUGGUUAUUUUUUUCACAAAUGCAUUUAUACAUUUGCUCUUUUGCUCAUACAAGUCCCAAAUGUUGGAACUUGUCAAAAGUUUUGAUGCACCUUCUAUGAAGGAUUUUCAAUAUUCACAUCUGUCACCUGUAAUGUUCACCUCCAGAAUGCACCUUUCUGCAUCCAUUUUAAUUUUGUACUUCCCUUUAGCGCUAGUGUGGCCUUGUAUUUUUGUUCCUGAUCCAAACUGUUGGUAAAGUUUAAUAAAUGAUCUAGCUGUGGCUUAUCUUUCA